AUGAGUGACUCUAAAGAGCUUGGUGUCCUGGGGUGUCUGGGCCGCGGCCCCCUAGGGCUGCUGUUUCUGGCCUUCAUGCUCCUUGCUGUGCUCCUGGUGACCAUCGUCAUCCAAGUCUCCAAGCUUCCCAGCUCCAUGGGGCAAGAGCAGUCCAGGCAGGAGGCGAUCUAGGAACUGACCCAGCUGAAGGCUGGAGUCCAUGAGUUCCCACAAAGGUCCAGGCAGGAGAAGAUCCACCAGGAACUGACCCAGCUGAAGGCUGCAGUUGACCACCUGUGUCGCCCCUGUCCUUGGGAAUGGACAUUCUUCCAAGGAAACUGUUACUUCUUCUCCUACUCCCAACGGAACUGGCACGACUCCAUCACCGCCUGCCAGGAGGUGGGGGCCCAGCUGGUUGUCAUCAAAGGCGAGGAGGAGCAGAGUUCCGGGAGGAACCGCUUCUCCUGGUUUGGGAUGUCAGACCUGACUCAUGAAGGCACGUGGCAGUGGGUGGAUGGUUCUCCUCUGCCACCCAGCUUCACCAACCAUUGGAACAGCGGCGAGCCCAACAACAUCGGGGAGGAAGACUGUGUGGAAAUAUUCAGCCAGGGCUGGAAUGACCGCAGAUGCGAUAUUGCCAAAUUCUGGAUCUGCAAAAAGUCUGCCGCCUCCUGCUCCAGGGAGGAAGGGCGGGUUCCUUCCUCAGCCCCUGCUGCCCCAACCCAGUCUGCUGAAUAGCAAAAUUUUCCCCACUUUUAAGGCAGGGUUCCUUCUCCUGUUCCCGGACCUUAGCAAAGCCCUGGGACUGAUCUCUAUAAGAUUCCUCAUCCCCCAUGGGCCUGGGUCCCCUUCUGUCCUUCCUCUGAUGCCUGGCGGUUCUCCUGGCUCAGAGGUUGUGGUUCCUGCCCCUCCUGGGAGCUUUCGCAGUGACCUGGUGUGGGCGCAUUCAGGGCAUGGUGUGCUCCGUCAAUCUACUCUCUCUUCUCCCCAACAUCAGAAUAUUUGAAUGGCCAUGUGUAGCUGCCACGUGCCCGGGGCUUGACCCCCUCCGUGCACACCUUCCUUGUGCUCACCUUCCACCUCCCA